AUGUCUGAAAUCCGUUCUGGUUGGUCCAACCUUUCUCCUGAUAUUUUACGAUCGAUCCUCGAAGUCUUAAGCACUCAGGAUUUUCAUCGAGCAAGAACCGUUUGCUCAAACUGGUACUCCGUCUCAAGAACAUUCACAAGACCUCUGUAUCCAUGGAGAGUUGUAUUCGACAAGCAUUCUACAUUUGUACACGAUCCAGGAGAAAACAAGACUCGAAAAAUAGAUCAUCCCGGACUCAACUUAUCCAACCCAAAUCAUGGCGAGAGGAUCAGUUUUACAUCUAUGGACGUGGUUUCAUUACUUCCUGUUGAAGCGAUUUGGGAAUGUUUCAAGGAGCUUACGAACAAGAACAACGUCUCUUCCAGAAACUCGGCUUCUUGUCUUUGGAUAAACGAGAGGACAAGAGAUUACGUUGUAGCUUGGAGUAAAUAA